CCGCCGUCGACGGUUGCGGCGAGUUCAUGGCUUCUCCGGCGGCGAAAGAAACCGAUCCUUCGUCUCUCCUCUGCGUCGCCUGCGGCUGCCACCGCAAUUUCCACCGCCGGUACAAUCCCUCCGAGUUCCUCUUCACCACCCCCACACCCUCGCCGGAAAACCACGCUCCUCCUCCGCCGUCGUCUCCGCCGCCGACGUACGUCGCAUCCCCCGUUCCUCGUUCCUUUUACGCUUCUGGUCCACACAUGCUCUACAACUUCAGCAGCGGCGGCGUCUUACGCCGGCCGCCGGAUUUUAAUAUGAACGACGAAGUAAAGAUUCAGGCGGUGGCCGUCCGGUCUGAGAACAGUGGGCUUCGGACAGGACAGGUGAAGCGAUCGAGGACGAAGUUUACGGAAGAACAGAAGGAGAAGAUGCGAGUUUUCGCGGAGGAGAGUGAUUGGAUGAUAAGAAGCUGCGACGAGACAACGUUGGAUGAUUUCUGUCGGAAAUCUGGGAUCAGUAGAAAUGUCCUUAAGGUUUGGUUCCACAACAAUAAGUACAAGUUUCGGGGUCAUCGCAUUUCUGAUCUCAAUGGCGGCUCCGACAACGUUGGAGCUCAUGUCUCCGGAGAUGGGUCGUCGGCUUCUUGAACAAAUGCAAAAAAAAAAUCCAUGAAAAAAAGUUUGAUCAAGUUCUUAAUUAGUAUAGUUUUCAUGAAAAAAAAGAUCCAAAAACUCGACUCGUGUGAUAUUAUUAGGAGGCCGUAAUUAUUAAUGGGCGAGUUUGUUCUAAUCCAAGUUUCUAACGUGUUUAAUCGGUUUGUCAGCUUUUAAUUAAGAGUUCCAAUUUAUGCAUGAAGACGUAUUAUAUAUAUAUUAUGGCGAUUUACUUUUCA